UUAGAAGCGCUCAAGAUCUCUAAUAUUUGCUUUGCCUUGUCGCAUACUUCACUUACAUCUUCUUAUAUCUCACCUAGGGCUCCAUCAUGGCUACUCAAGUCAGAGUUGAGGGCGUGUAUGGCCCUGGAUCAUUCACUGAUACAGCUUUUACGCCGGUGCCUGUGGAGAGCAAGAGGCUACUUGUAGAGCUUGCAAAGAAAACGCCCGGUUUUACUACGGAUCAGUCCCUCAUUGAUGGAGUGAAGUUUGUUGGCAAUGAACUCCCCUGCAUACCAGGACCCAUCAAGUCUCAAGCUUUCACCGCAGCUCUUCAUGGGUUAGCGGGCAUCAUCGGGCAAGAGAUCCUGCAGCUGCGUGGAUUCGCGACCUCCGGAGAAACUACGAUCAACACUGAUGCCGCCGGCAUGUUCCCUGCGACACCUGCUCUGGUACACAUUGAUGGGUCUGACGGCCCACAGCUCCUCAAAAAGCCUGGUGUAAAAGCGUUUGAUCACGGUGCUGUCGCGACGCCUAUUAAAAUGCGAUCGCAGGCCAUCUAUCCAACGGCCACUCCUGGAGUCUGGUUUCAACUCCACGGCAGCUUGGGCCCAGAGCCCAUUCUUCGAUCUAUUGGGGUUGAUGCGAACGCCAAUUUUGCAUCAGGAGAUGAGGCGUAUGAGCAUAUUAAGAAAAUAACCCAGACAUACACUGCGAGUGACCUUGAACAGCUCAUGGUAAAUCGAGGUUUCCCGGGAUCCAUUGUGCACUCGCCCGCGGGCUGGCUGGACACCAUGAUGGGCCGCUCGCUCGCUCGACAUCCACUCAUCAACUACAACAAGGUCGAUCUUACUGAGGCAAUCCCACCAGUUGCAUUUCCCACGGCACAGGAAAAUCCAGACGCAAGGCCUCUUGCUGGCAUUAAAGUGCUGGAGUUGGCGAGAGUCAUUGCCGCACCAGCCUGCGGCACAAUCUUGGCUGCAAUGGGAGCCGGCGUUAUUCGUGUGAAUAGCAGCCGUCUCCCUGACUUUACACCGGCUCAACUCACACUUAUGGCGGGAAAACGUUCUAUCGAUCUCGAUGUCGGAAAAGACGAGGAUCGAGAGACUCUUGAGGCUUUGAUAGCUGAUGCUGAUGUCAUCAUCCAGGGCUACAGACUGGGAUCACUUGAAAGGCGAGGAUUUGGCAAGUCGCUGGCCCUGAAGCUGGCUGCUGCGCGCAAGCGUGGCGUUGUCUACUUGGACGAGAAUUGCUAUGGCCCCGACGGGUACUACGCUGAGCGUCCUGGAUGGCAGCAGGUUGCCGACGCUGCUGCGGGCAGUUCGUAUGUCAUUGGCAAGGCCUACGGCUUCCCUGAUGGCCAGGGCGUUCUCCCUUCACUUCCAAUCAGCGACAUGUCUACGGGCAUCCUCUCUGCAGUCAACGUCAUGAGCAUGCUGAGAGAUCGGGCCCGCUACGGUGGCAGUUGGUGGGGCUGCUCGAGCUUGACAGCUUACAAUGCGACGACACUGCAGCCUUGGGUCGGUCUGUACCAGCCAGACAUCGUCAAGCGCAUACAAGACAGGUUUCAAUUUGAGCCGAUGACAAGUGAUAUCCAUGUUAUCGAGCUGUACUACGCCAUCGUCCAAGCCUGGGAUAAAUAUGCUAAGCGCAACGGCAACUCGUACACCAGAAAUGAGGAGUUUUACACCCAUUUCAAAGACAGUGUCUACGGCGGGGAUUUGCGUAUCUUGGCGCCCAUUGUGCAAUAUAAGAACCCUAUGGAUAAGAAGUCGACUCCUGCUUGGACGUCGCCGCCAGUGCCGUUCUGCUUUAACGAGACGGCUGUCUUUAACUAAAAUCCAAGAGUGAUAAGAUUUCUGCAGAGUGAACUACACGAUCUUGUGUCUGUAUCUUUAGAAAAUAGUUUAUUAAACCGUUCAGAUAAUUAGAUUUAUUCUCCUAGCUUACAUUAUGUGUUACAUGUGUAUGUUUGUGACAAACUGGGUUCCACGUAUCAUAACUAUCUAUUUUUCCUCCAUUUUCCCUAUGUGGCUUGGUGCUACCCAUAUCUGUCUCUAUCUGAAUAGAACGCUUCCGAAAGAUUUGCAAGUUGCGGCAUGUAUGUACGCAUACUCGAUUUUUUGGUUAGCGCGGGCGCAUAAACGACUUGGCGAUGGGUGGAGUUUUUAUGGCACAUGAACCGCUGACGCGGAUCAUUCGGUGAG